GGCCGCACACCAUAUGAGUGCUUCUGGAACUACGUGCCCGACCUCUUGCGUCUGCACCCGUGGGGCUGCGAGGUCCGCGUGCACUCCCCAGGCGGCUCGAAGUCCUCAAGCCGGGCUGUGAUCACUCGCUGGGUCGGCUUUGACGAGGAGACCGAUGCCCACCGCAUCUACUGGCCGGAC